CGUCAGCAAAAAACUUUUAUGAUCACAUCAACGAGAGUUUUGGCGCCUAUAUUUUCGUUCCUCACUCUGUUCGUCCCUUCCGUUUCAUUUGUGGUGUUUGGUUCAUCCCAACAGAAGACUGCGAAACUAAAGAUGGCGGUUGCUAACGAAACAAUGAUGGACUGUCUUGAACCCCAGGUGCGCAACAGUGUGGCAUGAUUUAGAUUCUCGCAUCUUUGGAAAAUUGUUAAUAUUUGAUACAUCGAAUUCGGAACUGACUCAAUAUUUCUCAUGAUCACCCUCUUCUUCAUUACAACGAAUUGUUUUUCUUUCCAAAACAAUCCGCAUAAAAAACAAUGGAUUCUGAACUAUUUCUUAUCGAUUACUAUUUUGAUAUCAUCUAGGGAGAAUCGGCCUAUCUUUAUUUGGCCGACGGGUCCAAUCCUAUCGAAGCCCGAUCUUUCGGAGCGCCCGUUUCGGUCUCGGGUGAAGUCGUUUUUAACACCGGAAUGGUGGGAUAUCCAGAGGCUUUGACCGAUCCAAGUUACCGGGGGCAAAUUUUGGUCCUGACUUACCCUUUGGUUGGAAACUAUGGCGUGCCUGACGAAUCCAUCGAGGACGAAUAUGGCUUACCAAAAUUCUUCGAAAGUAAGGAGAUCCACAUUGCUGGUUUGGUUGUAUCCAGCUAUUCAUGGAAGCACUCUCACUGGGCCGCUCAGAAAUCGCUAGCAACGUGGUUGAAGGAAAACAAUAUUCCUGGUAUAUGCGGUGUUGAUACUAGAGAGUUGACAAAGAACCUGAGAGAACACGGUUCUAUUUUGGGAAGAGUGGAAGUGGUGAGUACUACCAUUAGUGUAAUAGUUGAUUUCGACUUUUUUUUCUCUGGUUCUCUGAUCAAAAGCUCACGCAAAUAAUAUUGCACUUACGACCAAUACGUUACGUGGUUGUUUCUUAUUCAUUCAGAAAACCAGUGAAAGCGAUGACGACUUUGGCCGCCCGAGCUCACCAACUAUGUUUGAAGAUCCAAACAAGCGCAACCUUGUCGCUGAAGUUUCAACCAAAGAAGUUGUCGUCUAUGGAAAAGGGAACUCACCGAAGAUCAUUGCUUACGAUUGCGGAAUGAAAUUCAAUAUCAUUCGCUAUCUCGUUGACACACACAAUGUUGAACUCACUGUAGUUCCCUUCAAUUAUGAUCUCGAAGCGAACUCUGACAACGUUGAGUGGGAAGGCCUCUUCCUUUCAAAUGGUCCUGGUGACCCAACUAUGUGUCCCGAGACAGUCAAGUCAAUCAAAUAUGCCCUCAAGUUAGAACCACCCAAGCCUAUUUUCGGUAUUUGUCUUGGAAGUCAACUGUUGUCAUUGGCUGCAGGUGCGAAAACGUACAAAUUGAAGUAUGGAAAUCGCGGCAUGAAUCAACCUUGCAUUGACUUAAGAACUGGCCGAUGCUACAUUACGCCCCAGAAUCAUGGAUUUGCCGUUGAUUCCAAGUCGCUUCCGCCAUUGUGGAAGCCUCUUUUCCUAAAUGCGAACGACUUGACUAAUGAGGGCAUUGUACAUACAACGAAACCGUUUUUCAGUGUACAGUUUCAUCCAGAAGCAAGUGGUGGACCUUGUGACACGGCGUUUUUGUUCGAAAAAUUUGUAGGAGAAACACGAGGCGAGUCACAGCCAUUAAUCUUACAAAAUGGUUUGAGCUAUGAACGAAAGACGUACAAAAAAGUUUUACUCGUUGGUAGUGGUGGUUUAUCUAUUGGACAAGCUGGAGAAUUCGACUAUUCCGGAAGUCAGUGCAUCAAGGCGUUGAAGGAAGAAGAUAUUGAAGUGAUUUUGAUCAAUCCCAAUAUUGCGACUGUUCAGACGUCUCAAGAAAAAGAAGAAGCAGCUCGUAUGGCUGACAGAGUCUAUUUUCUUCCGAUUCGUCCGAAUGUUGUCAUGGACAUCAUUCGGAAAGAAAAACCCGAUGGUAUUAUUGUCAGUAUGGGAGGGCAGACAGCAUUGAAUGUAGGAGUUGAGCUUUGGCGAAGUGGCGAGCUUCAAAAGGCUGGAGUUGAAAUUUUGGGGACUCAAAUUCCAGUAAUUGAAGCAACUGAAGACAGAGAGAUUUUUAGCGACAAAUUGAAAGAAAUCGGGGAAACGAUCGCUCUGUCUUACAGUGCGACCGAUAUUCCGACGGCUAAAGAGGCGGCCAACAAGAUCGGGUAUCCGGUUCUUAUUCGAGCAGCCUACGCACUCGGUGGGUUAGGCUCGGGUUUCGCUGCCAAUGACGAGGAACUCGAAGCGAUGGCUGCUAAGGCAUUUACAACGUCAGACCAGAUCCUCAUUGACCAAGACUUGCGAGGCUGGAAAGAGCUCGAAUACGAAGUCGUCCGAGAUAACAGUGAUAACUGCAUCACGGUUUGCAACAUGGAGAACUUUGAUCCUCUUGGAAUUCACACGGGAGAUUCGAUAGUAGUCGCGCCUUCUCAAACUUUGACGAAUAGAGAAUAUUUCAUGCUGAGAAGAACCGCCCUCAAGGUAGUCCGUCAUUUAGGUAUUGUUGGAGAGUGCAACAUUCAGUAUGCGCUUCACCCUGAAAGCGAACGCUACUGCAUCAUAGAGGUAAAUGCGCGUCUUUCUCGUUCAUCUGCCCUCGCAUCGAAAGCAACAGGUUAUCCGUUAGCAUAUGUAGCCACAAAGUUGUCUCUUGGAAAGAAUCUUGUUCAAAUCAAGAACUCUAUCACAAAAACAACCACAGCGUGCUUCGAACCAAGUCUUGACUACUGUGUCUUGAAAAUGCCUCGCUGGGAUUUGAAGAAAUUCAACCGCGUUAGCAAUAGACUGGGUUCUUCCAUGCUUAGUGUGGGAGAAGUCAUGGCAAUUGGUCGCACCUUCGAGGAGGUAAUCCAAAAAGCCUGUAGAAUGGUGAACCCCAAUCUUGCUGGUCUUGAUGGGGAAGAUUCCAAAAUCGUUGAUAGCAGUGCUGACUUAGAAGAAAAGCUACGCAUCCCAACCGACGAGCGUCUAUUCGCAGUGCAGUUGGCACUUGAGCGAGGAUGGUCUGUUGAGAAAAUUUUUGGACUUACAAAGAUUGAUCCUUGGUUCUUGUCCAAACUCUAUAACAUUGCAAGCAUGAGGAAAGCAUGCAAGCAUGCUGGCAGUCUCGAUGAACUUGUGAAGACGAACCCUCGGGAACGGCUUCGAAAAUUGAAAAUGGCUGGUUUUAGUGAUCGACAGAUUGCGAUGUACGUUGGACUUCCGGAAACUCGGGAAGGGGAACAAAAAGUUAGGGAUUUGAGAAAGAAGUUCGGAGUCAUCCCUGUAGUGAAGCAGAUUGAUACUCUUGCGGCUGAAUUCCCUGCCCAGACAAAUUACCUGUACAUGACAUAUUCUGGAGAGAAAGACGACGUAGAUACCGUUGAAUCAAGUGAGGAGCAUAUUUCACCCUCAUACCGAUCAGAUAUUCUUGCCAGAUCAGAUUCUCCUGCAUUAGACUCACCAUCCUUCAUGCGCAGAGCUCGAACCCUUUCUACUGGCCAAACUGUGAAAAACUUACUGACGGCCAAAGAGCGAGGGGUAAUUGUUCUAGGAUGUGGAGCUUACUGCAUCGGAUCCAGUGUCGAGUUUGAUUGGUGUGCUGUAUCCUGCAUUCGACAAUUGCGUCGCGAUGGGUUCAAAAGUAUCAUCAUUAAUUACAACCCCGAGACAGUGAGCACAGACUAUGACGAGUCGGAACGCUUGUACUUCGAGGAACUCAGUCUUGAACGAGUCAUGGAUAUCUAUGAACGUGAAAAUCCUGUUGGAGUUGUCGUGUCUGUUGGAGGACAAAUUCCGAACAACCUCUCAGGGCCUCUUCGAGAUAGUGGUGCCAAUAUCCUCGGAACUGAUGCCAAUGAUAUUGAGCGUGCCGAAGAUAGGUUCCAGUUCUCGAAAAUGCUUGACAACAUGAACAUUGGACAACCCGAGUGGUCGGUGCUCAAGUCAAAACAAGAAGCAAUUGACUUUUCCAACAAGGUUGGGUUCCCUGUUCUGGUCCGACCCAGUUUUGUUCUAUCCGGUGCGGCUAUGCGUGUUGCCUCCACAGAAUCUCAGCUGACAAACUUUCUUGAGCUUGCAGAGGAUGUUUCGGGAGACAAACCUGUGGUUGUUACUAAAUUUGUUGAAGGAGCAAAAGAAAUCGAAUUCGAUGCUGUGGCUAAUCGUGGAGAAAUUUUGAACUAUGCUAUCGGAGAACAUUUGGAAAACGCUGGUGUUCAUAGUGGGGAUGCCACAGUUGUUCUUCCCGCUCAGAAGCUUUACGUCAAGACAAUCAAACAUGUCAAGCGUUACGCAUCAUCCAUCGCCAAGGCCUUGAGAAUUACUGGUCCGUUCAAUAUUCAAUUCAUGGCCAAAGGUAACCAAGUGCAAGUCAUCGAGUGUAACUUGCGUGCAAGUCGGACCUUCCCUUUUGUUAGUAAGACUUUCAACCAUAAUUUCAUCGCUCUUGCUACGAAGGCGAUGACCAGCAUGGAGGUAGAACCGUACAAAUUUUCCUUGUUGGACAUUGAUUAUGUUUGCGUGAAAGCUCCAAUGUUCUCGUUUACUCGUCUCCGUGGUGCCGAUCCGUCGCUUGGUGUAGAGAUGGCAUCCACCGGAGAGGUUGCUUGUUUCGGAGAAACUCAAAACGAGGCAUUCAUGCAGAGUUUGCUAUCCACAACUUUCAAGUUACCGACAAACAAACACUCCAUUCUUCUGUCUAUCGCAACAUCAGAGAAAAGGUUUGAGUUUGCUGAAUCUCUCAUAGCUCUCCAAAAGUUGGGUAAAUACACUCUUUAUGGGACACCGGGAACGUCUCAAUAUUACAAAGAAAAGUAUAAUAUUGAUCUAAAGGUUGUUACAAAACCUGCGGGUGAAUCCGAUGAUGGUCCAGGAACUGCGCUCCACGAAAUUAAAGAGGGAAACAUUGACCUGGUCAUCAAUAUCAGCGAUGGAACCGGUCGAAAAGAUGAGCUCACGGCAGGAUAUUUGAUUCGUCGUGCUUCUGUUGAUUUUGGAACAAGUUUGAUCACCAACGUAAAGUGCGCUGUUGAAUUGGUCACCUGUCUGGAACGCGGCAUGGACAAGAAGGAUGCAUUCGAACCAAGACAUAUCGGAGAGUAUUACAAGAUUCCUUCUGUUGGUUGGACGUUAGACCAAUAAAAAUUGAUACUCACCACCAGUGAAUGUACUAAGCGCAUCAAAGUAAUGAAAUACCUGCAUUUUG